AUGGCUGACAGUUUAAACGCUAAGCUUGCCGCCACCUUCAAACACUACGUAGAAGUAUCUUCAGUUGGACAAACCCUAACGGAAGCAGGGAAGAAGGAAAUCAAGGACAAAGGGAUGAAUAAGAUGUUGAAGGAGUGCUGUGGUGAUGCAGUUGCCAAGGCAUCAGAGGCCCAGGUGUUUCCAAAGUACUGUGACAAGAAAACGAAGAAACUCCACCUGGACGUUUUCCUGGGCGAUUUUCUCACGGAAUUGGCGGCUACUGUCAUCCAGAACAAGAAGAAAUUGACCAAAAGACCAGAUUUAGUGGAUAGCGAGGUGGUCGCACUUGCUGAAGAACUUAGAGAAAAAAUUGCAGCAAAAUCAGAUGAAAAACCAAAGGCAGUCAAAGUAGAUGCAGUGACAGCCCGCUUAACGGAUACCAAGAGCUACACAGGUUCCCACAAGGAAAGGUUUGACGAUACAGGCAAAGGAAAAGGAAUUGCUGGCAGGAAGAAUCUGGUCGAUGAAACUGGGUAUGUCACAGGGUACAAGCACGAAGGAACUUACGAUGGCAAGGAGGAAGAAGAGCAAGAAACUAAAUAA